AAUUUAACGGAUAGGGAUGUGUGUAAGAAAGCUAGGGAUUUGGGCAAAACUUAAAUGCAACUUGGAAAUGGGGAAGAAGAUAGUGAGAUAUAUUAUUAAGCGAAACACAAAUUGUAAUUAA